CCCGGGGCCCCCCCGGGCUGGGUGAGCUCGGCCCGCAGCGGCCGGGGAGGCGGCGGGCGGGGGCGCCGGUGUGAGCGCGGGUGUGAGCGUGCGAGCGUGUGAGUGUGUGUCCGCGGCGCUGCGGCGGGCCCGGCGUGCGCUCGCGCGGCCCUGUGUGUGCCCGGCGCCGGCGUGUGCGGCGCCCUGCUUGUGUGGCCAUCCGGGUGUGUGCCGGGUGUCGAGCCGAGGUGCUGUGUCCGGCCGUGCGUGUGUGUCCCCCCGGGUGGCUGCCCCUUCGGCUGUGUGUCUGGGGGGCUGUCGCGCGCCCAUCGGAGGGGCUGUGUGCAGGUGUGUGUGCGUGGGUUGUGUGCCCAGGUGUGGGUUCUCCCCCCCCCCCCCCCCCCCCCGCGUGAGUGUGUUCCCGCGGUUAGCUGCGUUGGGUGUUUGUGUCCAGAUUGGAUGUCCAUCCCAGGGUCUGUGUAGCCGGGUGUGCCCGCUCGGGUGUCCAUUUGUGUGUGUGUGUGUGUGUGUGUGUCUGCGGGUUGUAUGUCUCCAAGGGUGUGUGUCUGUGCGUCCAUGGCAGGUUCCCGGCGGGGGUGGGGGGGCUGGGGCUCAGCGCCUUGUGGGGCCUCUGUGUGGGUUUGGGGGAGGGGAGUUUGCCGCUCCCUCGGUCCAUGUCAACUGUUGGGGGGGUCCUCGGCGGUCCUUGGGGGAGACGGCCAUGUCUUCCCCUUCCUGGUGGCUGGGUAGGGGGGGAUGGGCAGCCGGUAGGUGGACAGAUGGAGGGAUGAGAGGCCGAGGGGUGGACAGAUGGGCCCGAGGGAGGGACGCAGACCCGGCCCUCUCCCACCCAUCCCACCCCAGUGCCCUCCCGGCCAGAUCUCUGCAGAUGGGGCUGGAGGUGCCCACAUCCAGAUGGCCGGCCUGGGGACCUUUGGGCUGCUGGUCGGAGGAUUGCCUCUGACCAGGUGCUCUUCAGCUCAGGCCCCCAGCCCUCUGAACUCUGACCUGGCUGGGGAAGGGGGUGUGCUGAGGGACAGGUGUUAGGGUUUCCCUGGCCUAGGAAGUAGGUGGGGCGGGGGUGCCUCAGGGCUGGGAGGGAUGUGUGUCCAUGACUGUGUGUGAGUGUGGUUCUCUGCCUAUCUGUUGACUCUGCCAGUGGGGUUCAAUAUUUUGUGUGUAUUUGUAAGUGUGUAAAUCCCUCACAGGGCAGUUAUGUGAGCAUGUGCCGUUAUGAGUGAACAUCUCUGAGUGUCUGUGCAAAGGUGGGUCUUUUUGUACCCAUGUGCUUUUUGGAGUGUGUUAUCUGCCUUGUCAGUGUCUGUUCCUGUUGUGGUUCUGUGCAUGUGUGUGAGGUGUGUAUAGGCUAGUGUGUGCAUUUGUGCAUCUGUUAGUGUGGGAAUGUACCAGCUUUGUGACCGUGCAUACUAGGGGUACAUGAAGUUGUAUGAGUGUGUUGGGUAUUUAAGAGCGUGUGUAUACACCUGUGUAUCUUUGUGUGCGUGAGCAUCUGUUACAUGUGUGUUGGUGAGUGUGCAAGGGUAGCUUUGUUAUAGAUGCAUGCACCAGGGGACACAUGGGUUUCACAGUUGUGUGUGUGCCUCUGUGUGAGUGUGCAAGGGAAAAGGCAAUGUUGUAAGUGUGGUUGUGUGCAGGUGUGUCAACCUCGAGGGUCUGUGUCUACUCUGAGUCCAUUUGCGCAUUUGUGUUGGUAUCUGAAGAGUGGGGUUGUGUAUGUUCACAUACAGACAUGCAGGAUGAUAUGUGCACAUGUGCCUGUGUCCUUGACAUAGGCUGACCCCACUUAUGGGCCCAGUGAGAUGGGGGCCCACGUGGCAUGACCUGUGGUAUGCUGGGAUCCAUGGACACAAGUGUGUCCACAUCCUGGACCAAGAGCCUUCAGAGGGCGGGGGCACACAUAUGCUGCUGUGUCCAUGGGAAUUCAGAUACAGAGUCAUGAGUUGUGGGCCCAUGUGGGUUUUGGCAUGUCCACAUGUGUUGGGGUAACCAUGGUCUGAUGGCGAAGAUGGGAACUUCUGAUCCUCCCCCAGCUCCUGCUACUGUUCAGGUACUGGCCCAGGCCCUGACUGCCUGAAGAGAGAUGAAGAAACCGAGAUUCAGAGAGGUUCAGACACUUGCCCGAGAUCACACAGCUAAUCUCACCUCCCGCUCCUCCUGCCUCCCCCCUGCACCAUGGCUCCGGGCCCCUUCCCCUCAGCGCUCCUCUCGCUGCCGCCUACUGCCCUGCCCUUUCUGCUGCUUCUCUGGGCAGGGGCAUCGCGGGGCCAGCCCUGCCCUGGCCGCUGCAUCUGCCAGAACGUGGCGCCCACGCUGACCAUGCUGUGCGCCAAGACCGGCUUGCUCUUCGUGCCGCCGGCUAUCGACCGGCGCGUGGUGGAGCUGCGGCUCACCGACAACUUUAUCGCGGCCAUCCGCCGCCGAGACUUCGCCAACAUGACCAGCCUGGUACACCUCACCCUCUCCCGGAACACCAUUGGCCAGGUGGCAGCGGGCGCCUUUGCGGACCUGCGCGCCCUCCGCGCCCUGCACCUCGACAGCAACCGGCUGGCAGAGGUCCGAGGCGACCAGCUCCGGGGUUUGGGCAACCUCCGCCACCUGAUCCUGGGUAACAACCAGAUCCGCCGGGUGGAGUCGGCCGCUUUCGACGCCUUCCUGUCCACCGUGGAGGACCUGGAUCUGUCCUACAACAACCUGGAGGCCCUGCCCUGGGAGGCCGUGGGCCAGAUGGUGAACCUGAACACCCUCACGCUGGACCACAACCUCAUCGACCACAUCGCCGAAGGGACCUUUGUGCAGCUUCACAAACUGGUUCGCCUGGACAUGACCUCCAACCGCCUGCAUAAACUGCCCCCUGAUGGGCUCUUCCUGCGGUCCCAAGGUCCGGGACCCAAGCCGCCCACGCCGCUCACGGUCAGCUUUGGCGGCAACCCCCUGCACUGCAACUGUGAGCUGCUGUGGCUGCGGCGGCUGACCAGGGAGGACGACCUGGAGACGUGUGCCACGCCGGAGCACCUCACCGACCGCUACUUCUGGUCCAUCCCCGAGGAGGAGUUUCUGUGUGAGCCUCCGCUGAUCACGCGGCAGGCGGGCGGCCGGGCCCUGGUGGUGGAGGGCCAGGCGGUCAGCCUGCGGUGCCGCGCCGUGGGGGACCCUGAGCCCGUGGUGCACUGGGUGGCACCCGACGGGCGCCUGCUGGGGAACUCGAGCCGGACCCGGGUCCGGGGGGAUGGGACCCUGGAUGUGACCAUCACCACCUUGCGGGACAGCGGCACGUUUACUUGCAUCGCCUCCAACGCCGCCGGGGAAGCUACCGCACCCGUGGAGGUGUGCGUCGUGCCUCUGCCUCUGAUGGCGCCCCCGCCUGCUGCCCCGCCGCCUCUCACGGAGCCUGGCUCCUCGGACAUCGCCACGCCUGGCCGACCUGGAGCCAAUGAGUCGGCGGCUGAGCGCCGGCUCGUGGCGGCCGAGCUCACCUCCAACUCUGUGCUCAUCCGCUGGCCGGCCCAGAGGCCUGUGCCUGGCAUCCGCAUGUACCAGGUGCAGUACAACAGCUCCGCAGACGACUCCCUUGUCUACAGGAUGAUCCCAUCCACCAGCCAGACCUUCCUGGUGAAUGAUCUGGCAGCGGGCCGCGCCUACGACCUGUGCGUGCUGGCCGUCUACGACGAUGGGGCCACGGCACUGCCGGCCACCCGAGUGGUGGGCUGCGUGCAGUUUACUACCGCUGGGGAUCCGGCACCCUGCCGCCCGCUGAGGGCCCAUUUCUUGGGCGGCACCAUGAUCAUCGCCAUCGGGGGUGUCAUUGUCGCCUCCGUCCUCGUUUUCAUCGUUCUGCUCAUGAUCCGCUACAAGGUCUACGGCGAUGGGGAUGGCCGCCGAGUCAAGGGCACCUCCAGGUCGCCUCCGCGGGUCAGCCACGUGUGCUCGCAGACCAACGGCGCAGGCGCAACGCAGGCCCCGCCCCCGCCGGCGCCCGACCGCUACCAGGCGCUGCGCGAGGUGGCGGCUCCCGCGGCUGCGGCGGCGGCGGCCGUCGAGGCGAAGGCCGCGGCGGCCGACCUGGCUUCCGCGGAAACGGAGGCGGCCCUUGGACGUUCCCUGGGCGGCUCGGCCACCUCGCUGUGCCUGCUGCCAUCCGAGGAAACCUCCGGGGAGGAGUCCCGGGCCGCGGCGGGCCCUCGGAGGAGCCGUUCCGGGGCCCUGGGACCGCCGGCUUCACCGCCCCCCACUUUAGCUCUGGUUCCUGGGGGAGCCCCGGCCCGGCCGAGGCCUCAGCAGCGUUAUUCGUUCGACGGGGACUACGGGGCGCUCUUCCAGAGCCACAGUUACCCGCGCCGCGCCCGGCGGACAAAGCGCCACCGGUCCACGCCGCACCUGGACGGGGCCGGAGGGGGCGCGGCCGGGGAGGACGGAGACCUGGGGCUGGGCUCCGCCAGGGCGCGCCUGGCCUUUACCAGCACCGAGUGGAUGCUGGAAAGUACCGUGUGAGCGGCGGGCGGGCGGGCGCCGGGACGCCUGGGUGCCGCGGACAAACGCCCAGCCGCUCUGACGUUUAGGGCAGGAUUCGGGGGUGAAAGCGCCGAGCCUACACGUCGUCGGACUGGAAGGGAGGAGCACCCUUCCCCCUGGAGCGGGGCGCGGGCUGCGUGGGCGGUGGCCCGAGGCCACGCCCCCGCGCUCGGGGGGUUUGAGGGCGGGCCGCCGGGCUCCCCUCCCCCGUGGACGCCAAGCCCCCCUCCUGCCCCUCCCCCCGCGCGCUCGCGGACCUCGCUGGAGCCGGUGCCUUACACAGCGAAGCGCGGGGAGGGGCAGGGCCCCCCCGACACUGCAGCACUGAGACACGAGCCCCCUCCCCCCGCCCGGGACCCGGGGCAGGGGCGAGGGGCCCAUUUCACGUAUCUGGCUGGACUAGAUCCUAUUCUGUCCCGCGGCGGCCUCCAAAGCCCCUCCACCCCCCAACCCCAUUCAAUUCCCUGGUCCCGUCGUCGGGUCUGGCUUGGGGUCCCCUUUUCUCUGUUCCCCUCGUUUGUCUCUGUCCCGCCCUCUGUCUUCUCUGUCUUCCGUCCUUCCCUAUUCGUCUCUCUUUUCACUGUCCCGUCGUCUGUUCUCCCGUAUGGCGUCCAGCCUCCUUGUCUCACCAGAUUAUCUCCCCCAGUACACAAUUCUCCCGGGCAGGUCCCACCGGAAGGACCAGACUCUCCCCGACUCCUUCCUCUUACUCCCAAGUGAAAUCCCCACAGGAAACAAAAUCCAAAACCAAAUCCCCCUCGCUACCGGAGCCGGGACCCUCCGCCGCAGGAGAAUUAAACUUUUUUCUGUGUCUGAGGCC